UGGACUGAUCGUAGGACUACAAAUCCCAGAAGGCUUCGCAGCUCUCUAGGUUCGGUACUGACAGACUGGCUGCCCUAAGAGAGGAAAUCUAGGGAUCCAGGAACCGAGAAUCAAUUCGUUGCCCCACCUCACCUUUCUGGACCACAGGGGGAGAAAUCAGGUCCAGGGGAGCAUCAAAGGUCAGGACAGGUAGAAUCAGGGAUAAGAGAUAAGGGGAUCAGAGAGACAGAGUAAAAGGGGGGGGGGGGGGGAUCAGGAAGAGAUCCAGGCAAAAGGGGGAUCAAAGAAACAGAGAUCAGGGCAAAGGGAGAUCAGAGAGAGAUCAAGGUAAAGGGGAUCAAAGAAAUCAGGGCAAAGGUGGGGAUCAAGAACGAUUAGGGCAAAACAGGAUAAUCGGGAAGAGGGCAGGGCAGGAGGACCUUCAAGUUAAAAGAUCAACAUAGGAAGCAAUUGGGGGAUUAGGCUCUGGAGCACAAUCAGGAUGGCUUCAGCUGCUGACCGUAACCAAGGCCCCAUUCUCAAGGUCCUGCAGCAGUACAUAGACCCUGCUCAGUCCAACUUCCAGGUGCUGGAGGUGGCAUCAGGUUCAGGUCAGCAUGUGACUUAUUUUGCAAAAGCUUUUCCCAAGGUGGUCUGGCAACCCACAGAGGUGGACCGGCAGUGCCUUAACAGCAUUUCCGCUUUAAUCAAGAAGGAGCAGCUUCAGAACGUGAGGCCACCCUUGUUUCUGGAUGCUUCCUGCAGCUGGGAAAAAUGGGGAGGGAUCCAGGCUGGGUCUGUGGACCUGGUGCUCUGUGUCAACAUGAUUCACAUUAGCCCCAUGAACUGCACGGAGGGGUUAUUCAGAGGGGCUGGACAGCUAUUGAAACCCAGUGGUUUGCUGAUCACCUAUGGGGCCUAUGCCAUCAAUGGGAAGAUCACACCAGAGAGCAAUGUGAACUUUGACAUCAGCCUGAGAUACAGGAACCCAGCCUGGGGGCUCCGGGACGUUUCUCUUUUGCAGCAGCUUGCUCAAGCCAGUGGCCUCUUCCUGGAGAAAAUGAUUGACAUGCCAGCCAACAACAAAUGCCUGAUUUUCCGGAAACAGUGACGGGCUGGCCAUCUGCUACCCCAUCCCAGAGCUUCAGAAAGACCCGGUGUCAGCUCACUAUGGGCAUCUGCAAAAUCCAUCCUUCUACCUGGGCCGAGACCGGUGUUUCACUGGUUCCUAGGCUUCCACCCCGCAGCAGGGGAAUGUUUCUGGGCAUGUCCUAGCUUUUCAGAGGCUGGCUAUGUCUUUCUCCAGGGUCCUGCCAUGCAGGAGGCGCCCCGACCACUCGCGCAGAUGCUCGGGCACACCAGCUCUUGUUGGCCUCAUUCCUGUGUCCAGGGCUUCCUUUUCCCCAGCCCCUCUGCUUGCCUUCCGAAUAUUCGCCUCUUCUUCCAUGGGUGGGAGGGGGGGGCGUCUGUCUCUGGCAUGGAUUCAACAUGAGAGGUUCUGGGUUUCUGUUUUUCUAGUGGUAACACCGGUGGGUUGCAAUAAAGGCCCUUAGCUCUAA